GUACGUCAAAUCUAUGCGCUUGUGCUUGGGUUAGAUGUACUUGGAAAUCCAUAUGCCUUGAUAUCUGGUAUUGGUGAGGGUGUCAAGGAUUUGUUUUACGAACCUUAUCAGGGUAUAGUUYACGGACCUCAAGAGUUUGCUCAGGGUUUGGCAAGAGGUGUGAAAAGYCUGCUUGGACAUGUUGUUGGGGGAACCGCGGGUGCAUUUGCACGUAUUACUGGAAGUAUUGGACAAGCAGUGGCAACUUUGUCCUUUGAUACAGACUAUAGAUUGAAAAGACGAAGGCGAAUGCAUAUCGAGCCAUCAGGAAUUGGUCAAGGACUGAUGAUGGGCGGGAAAAGCCUUGUCAUGGGCCUUGUGUUUGGCAUUGGUGGUAUUGUAAUGAAACCCAUUGAAGGGGCCCGUACAGAGGGAGUGGAAGGUUUUUUUAAAGGAACCGGUAAAGGUCUGCUAGGAGUGUUAACAAGACCCACAGGGGGUGUGAUCGACAUGGUUAGCUUCACGUUUGAUGGAAUAAGAAGGUCUGCAGAACAAGGAGGUGAAGAUAUUGCCUGUAGAAUGAGACAUCCGAGGUUUGCUGCCCCAAAUGAGCCUUUAAAGCCAUACUCCAAGCAGGAGGCUAUAGGAUUCGGUACACUCAAGAGUCUUCCACGAUCCUUAGAGUUAUCAAAAGAUGUUUAUGAAUCUGACUUUAAACUCAAUGAUGAUGGACGUUUGGUGUUAUUGACGAGCAAACGUAUAAUAAUGUUGAAUCAGAGUCGUUUUUGGCGGGAAUGGAAUUGGAAAGUGGAAUGGAUGUGCCCGUACGAGGAAGUCAAGUCAACACCAUUUAUUGCUGUCGACACCCUUGUUAUAAAAUAUCAAAAAUCAAGUGAUGAUGACAUCACAAGUCGGGACUGGGAAGCAAUGAUCACUGUGGCUGCGAUCACAAAACCGUGGAGUAUUUUCAGCAUUCUUUGA